AUAGUUGUUUUGUUAAUGCAUGGGAGUUGUAGUUUAUUAUCCAACCUGGAGCUUUGGUUUAAAUGGCCUCUUUGGAGGAAAUGGACUACAACACCCAUGAACCCAACUCUCUAGAUACUUUGUAAACUCUGUGCAAGUUGCGCGUCUGUACUGCUAUUUUAGGUAUGCAGCUAGUGCUAUCUGCUCGGCUCUCUCUGUGUGUGUUUUUGGCCUCUAAAAGAUAUAAAAUAAUCGAGGUUUGAUGACAGCUUCUGAUCUGGUGAUGCAUAGAAUAGAUGACAUUUGUGCGACGAGGUAGCAUGCAUGAACUAAUCAUGAUCCGUGUUUAGAGGAAUGCAUUUAGAGUCACUCCCUGUGUGCGAGAUUUUUUCUGUCGUUUUUCUGAGUAGAAAUGACACUAAAAUUUACAGCUGAAUUCCCACUUGACUACACUGGCCAGCAUCCAUAAGAUCCACCACACCUUGCACAGGCUGAACCUGACAGAAGACGUUGGACAGGAUAGCCACCCCUCAGCUUGUUGCUCUAGAGCCAUGCCUCCAAGGAAAAAGAGGAGACCCUCAGCUGGAGAUGACAUGUCAGCCAAGAAAAGUCGCCAGGACAGCGUUUUCAGAAAACAUGAAACAUCACAAAUCCGCGAGGAGGAGACGUUUUCCAGUAAAAGAUGCUUGGAGUGGUUCUACGAAUAUGCAGGUUGUGAUGACGUGGUGGGUCCAGAGGGCAUGGAGAAGUUCUGUGAGGACAUCGGAGUGGAGCCGGAGAACGUGGUGAUGCUGGUUCUAGCUUGGAAGCUGGACGCCCAGAGUAUGGGAUACUUCACUCUGCAGGAGUGGCUGAGAGGCAUGGGCUCGCUGCAGUGCGACUCUACGGAGCGGCUGAGGAACUCGCUCGACUACCUGAGAUCUGUCCUGAACGACAGCACCAGUUUUAAACUCAUUUAUAGAUACGCCUUUGAUUUCGCUCGGGAAAAGGAUCAGAGGAGUUUGGACUUGAACACAGCCAAGUGCAUGCUGGGGCUUCUGCUGGGAAAGACGUGGCCUCUGUUUCCUGUGUUUAAUCAGUUUCUAGAGCAAUCCAAGUACAAAGUCAUCAACAAAGACCAAUGGUGCAACGUUUUAGAGUUCAGCAGGACAAUCAACCUGGACCUCAGUAACUACGACGAGGACGGUGCCUGGCCAGUUUUGUUGGACGAAUUUGUGGAAUGGUACAAGGAGAGACAGAUGUCAUAGGCGCCGAGUGAAAUGGGAAAAAUAAAUACAACUGUGACAACAACGACUAUGAGAAUCAACAACCAAUAAGUAAACAAUACAAACAUGGUAAAGCAGUGACUGUGGGUGCUUCCUGGUGGAGGAGGAGGGGGUUCUGUGGGGUGGGCGAGGGUGGGGUUCGCUGGGUUUGCAGCCUGGGAGCAUGCUGCCCAGAGCGCGGAGGCGGAGGGGCUGCCAUUGUGGAAGUUAUGUUCCCUACCGAAAGUUGCAUAGUGGGCAAAGCUUGCAGCAAUCCCCCCCCCAUCCCCCAAGCGGCAUUGCUCUCUCUCUCUCACUGUGACAUGUCAUAUUGCUGUCUGUGUUAGGAUAACAUGGUAUCACGAGUGGACGACGGAAGCUAAAACGGUGUUGUGUGGGAGAACCUCACCCCCCCCUUUUUGUCUUCAGCACAGAGAAACCAACAGUGACCAUUCAUGCAUCGUGUCUGAGUCUUAAAACGGGGGUCACUUUGACCCGGGCACAUUUAAAUAUUAUAUAUAUAUCUGUGCAAUGGACUUUUCUGGGACGGAUGGCACUUAACUAUUGUUUGUCAUAUUUUGAGUUGGAUAUAAGUUCUUCAAGAAGCACACUGUGUCAAAUGGGUGAUAUAUGCAGGUUUCUGGUGCCUGUGCUGUUUACUGAUUUGUGCCAGUUUUUUCUUCUUCUUCGUUCCUCCUGCUAAUGCUAACGGUUUGCUAACCCUCUCCCCCCUCCCCUCCCUCUGCAAAAGGCUUCAGACCUCAUAACACCAAACAAAUCAGCAUUGCUGCUUACUAACUCUUAUUACAGUACAGCGGUGAGCCACUAGUGCUCUGAUCAGCAUUUAUCGGUCCGACGACGGCCGAUUAAUGUAUCUACGUUGUGUAGGUAAGAGUAUUAUUGUGCCUCAAAACAUGGAAGUCACUUUGUGUGUCCCACACACACACACACACACACACACACACACAGACACACACACACAUACCAACAAACCCAAAUGUAUAUACACAUGUGAGAACACACACACAGACACACACUGAGUGGUCAGGGAUUACUUCAGGAUGAAUUCAGACUGUUUGGGCUGUGUUAUAAGUUGAGCUUGUUGGUGUCCCAUUUUGUCUUGAUAUCUGUUUUGUCCUCCUUAGUCCACUGAUAGUUUCAGGUCUCUUACUACUAGUAGCAUCUCUCCUUGACACUGACAGUGUUAAUAUAACUACAGUGGAAGACCAGUGACCCUCUCAGGACGAGGUCCUUAAGGCUUGAGUAGAAAAGGUAGGUUUUUGCUGAAAGCAUCGCUUCGUACCACCCGUUAGGAUCUAAUCAAAAACACUGACAGUUUGGAACUGUGUGACGAUGCUAUGCUGUUCUUUUUCGCCUAGUAAAAAUGUUCUCGUAACACAUGUAUAAAAUUUUUGUCUUUUGGCUGUGGUGUGAUGCUGAAUCGUCGAGAUUUAAUAUUUGCAUGCAUGCUCCGACAAGAGCCUUUUGUGAAUGGAUGAGAUUUUUUGGAAAAACAUUUUUCAAAAUUUUUUUGUUUUUGUUUUGUACAGGAAUUUUGUGCAAGUGUUUUGUGCUUAAUUUUGAUAUUCACGAUCAUGUUAAUCUUAAUUCUGAUGAAACAACAUGAUUGUGUCUAUUAAGACCUGGAACACACCUGUAACCUCACGGUGGAGCAGGAGUUCCCCUCCUGCAUUUACCCCAUCUCACACACACACACACACAACGCUGUACAGCUUUAGGUAGCUGCAGCCAGCAUACAGGAUCUGAUUUUUAUUUAUUUUAUUUACACCGUCAUGAUACGAAUAAAACAGAAGAUAAAAUACAUCAGCUCUCGUGUCAUUGAAAUCCACCGCAGCUGAAACUAUAUGAAGGUCUCUUAUCGUUAUGACAACGCAUCAAACCAUCAGCAUCACAUCUGAGAUCGAGGUAGUUGUUGGAUUGCUUACCAAAUACUGUGUAGAGAUCAAUGUUUUAGUAUUCUCCCAUGACCAUGCAGGAGGAUGAACACCCUUGUCCCAACUGUAUAUAUGUAUGUAAACUAUGUAAGUGUCUAUAUGUCUGUUUUCACUAUAACCUAUGUCUAUAUACAUAAAUAAAAGGGUUUAUUAACUUACUGGCUUA